UAUUCGUCGCUAGGACACGAGGUGAACCGAAGGGGGCCGAGCGCUUGCUCAGUGAGAGGGAUGGAUAUGGGUUCGUGGUUUGUUUGGAUGGAGGCGCAGCCGGUUCAUGAUACAGACAAAAUUAUUUCAUAGGAAAAUCUAGGGAGUUCUAGCCAGGUGAUGUAUGAGAUGUGCACACAUCGCUCAUCCUGCUGAUGACGCAGUCCUGAUACCCCGUCUCACAUCAUCAUUCCACUGAAUUCAUAAAAACCUCGGCGGGUAAAAGUGCAUAUUUGCAAGAAUAUUUUAUUCUUCUCCAGGAAAAAGACCAUUGACAUCAAUGUCGUCGAUGGUACCUGCGUUAUGGGUCCACAGUUCAGGCCAGUGUGUGUGGAAUUCCAAUAACAAUACAUAAUAAUACAUCGGUGCAACAUACAUUGAUUGAGGUCAAUCGUACGAGUUAUUGAAUUAUUUGACAAAUCGGAAUUCGCCGACGUUGGCACCAUCAAUUUCAGCAAUCCAACACUGAGAGAAAAAUGUAGGGAAACGAACGGAUUAUUUUUUUAUUUAAAGACUCAGUGGUUUUCGAUAGUGCCAAUGGAAUAAACUCUUGACUAUACGAAAUAUCUGGGCACUUUAAAUGGAUCGCAUGAUUAAAUUGUAUGAUUCAGUCGUUGAUUGUGAGGGUUCCAAAGAGAACCUUCAUGAUUCGAUCCCAUCGGGGUUCAAAUUUAUCGAAUAUUCCUUUCGAUUCCCUGAAUAUUUUAUCACAUUUAAACAGUUAUUUAAAUGUAUUUAAAUAUUUGAAAAAUAGUUAUUUAAAUUUGUUUAAAUAUUUUUAAAACAGUUAUUUAAAUGUAUUUAAAUAUUUUAAAAAUAGUUAUUUAAAUGCAUCGCGUUCCGUCGAUCUGAAAACUUAUUGUAGGCGACAUCAACGAAAUCGCAUAUAUUAAGAUUUUUUCAAUGGAAUAAUGACUGAAUUUUAAACGAAUAUGUGGUUAUCUACGAUCUUUAGGGAACCUACUGGUUAAAUGAAGAUUAAAAAUGUUGAAACGAUGGAAUUCUAUUUUUCCUAUGGAACAACAUUCAUCCAACAAAAUAUAUUCCAGAGAAUCUACGAUUUCUACGAUUUUUCUCUCAGUGUAGCUGUUUCGGGUUCGAGUGGUGGGUGAUAUUUUCUUCCAUUUUUCCUUCCAAAUGGAACCGAAUGAUCUCUCAAAUUGGAGAAUCUUCAAGUAUCGUGUACACGGAGAAAAUAAUUCCAUCGACAGUCAAAAAUUUAGUAAAAAUUGCAGAAUUCAAAUUCGCCUACCGAUUACGGAAGUGACUAAAAAUUUAAAUGCUAGUAACAUAAUUUUUCACGCAAAAUGCAGAUAAAAAUUACGAAACGCUGCGAAAAAAAUCCGUACAAUUUUUUGCAACCAAACAUAAUCCUUAACAUUAAAUGUUUAUUCAAUAUUACCGCCGUAUUUAGCGAUAAAGAAUGUCCGUAAAAAAAUCCAAAAUUGCAAUGCACUUAUGUUCCCCACCGGUCGGAGUAUUGGUCUCCCAACUAUCUCCAUCCCACCCACUGCGAUAUCCCCUCCCGACUGUCACCAAAUUAUGGUCCCUAUAAUUGGGUUGCAUCAAACUUUAUUGCCGGUUGCUCUUGAGUACCUGUCGGUAUGCCCGCAGAAGAGCAAUGCAAAAGUACUCGAUUAAUCGGUCAUUAUGUGGGAGCACUGUACUGUUGACAGGAGUCACUGGAUUCAUCGGUGGUUCGUUACUAGAGAGGAUAUUACGGUUGAAUCCUGGACCUAAUUGUGUUUACGUAUUGGUGCGGAAGAGAGAGGGAUUGAGUCCAAGGGCGCGUGUUGAUAAAAUUCUGUCGUCACCUUUAUUCGCGCCAUUGGAACCGGAGAUCUUGCUGAAGGUGAAGGUAAUCCCCUGCGACUUGACAGCCGAAAAUCUCGGCUUAUCCGAUUCCGAUCGAGAUGUUCUCUUAUCAGAAUGCAGCCAUGUAUUUCACUCAGCGGCAUUCAUAUCAUUCGCUGCAAAUCUCAGUUCCGCGGUGCGCAUUAAUUUACUCAGUACGCGUCAUCUCCUGGAGCUGACAAAGCGAAUGCCGAAACUUCGGUCAAUGGUGCAUAUUUCAACAGCGUAUGCAAACUGCACUAGAAACAGUGAUGAAGAACUUCAGGAGAGACUUUACCCGUCCACUAUGGAGCCAGCAUCCUUUAUUGACAUGAUCGAGGGCAUGAGCUCAGAGGAGAUAGUCAAUAGAACGAAUGAAAUUCUUGGAGAUCAUCUGAAUACUUACACAUUUACCAAACAAAUGGCUGAAAAUUUAUUAGCUCUAGAGCGGGAAAAUGUACCCCUUUCGAUCGUGAGGCCGAGCAUUGUAUUGAAUAGCUGGAGACAACCAACUGUCGGUUGGGUGGAUAACGUCAAUAAUAGCGCUUGUGGAUUCAUCGCUGGUAUUGGAAAGGGAUUAUUUCGCACAUUUCAGGCGACCCCCAAUACCCUCCUUGAUGUGAUCCCCGUGGACAUGGUGGUCUCGACAAUUCUGGCAGCCUCCGAGAGAGCCCAGCAAGAACCCCAGGACCUCCACAUUUUCCACUGUACCUCCAACACGAUAAACCCGACAACCUGGGAUGAAUAUUGCGAGGAGGUUGUCAAAGCCUGUCGAGCUCAUCCCUGCGAGAAUGCCCUGUGGUAUCCAACAGCUAGGACCAGAGAGAGUCACUUAAGGAACAUUUUAGUCAUCUACAUUUUUCAGAUAUUUCCUGCCUUUAUCAUCGACUGCAUUUUUCGCUUGUCGAACCCCGAGAAAAAGCAUUUGGUUUACCAAGUGCAGCAGAAGUACCUCAAGGGCAACUCCUACACAUCAUUUUUUUCGACCCACAAAUGGAAAUUCGAUCGUCGUAAUAUCCAAUCCCUCCAGGAUGCUCUUGUCCUCGAUGAAGGAGAUGCUCAUCCCAUGGACCCACGUCUCAUCAACUGGAGUCAGUACUUCGAGGCAUGUGUCCUCGGUACACGAACAUAUUUUCAUAAAGAGCCGGCAGCCACAACAGAUCGUGCACGAAGGCAGAUGAAACGAUUGAAAAUUAUUGCAGAACUGACACCGUUUCUCACCUUCGCACUAUUUACGUACAUCAUGAUUACGGCUGGAGUUUCAUGGAGUGUAGCCGUGAUUUUCAGUGCAGCAGUCGUACUUUUCUUCAUUUGGCUGUAAUUAUUUGUGAAUUAACGACUGCAAUGGCAAAGUUUGAAUAAUUAUUUACCUGAGGGACGCUGUUAUCCGGCCUUAUUAUUCCUGUUGCUGUAAAGACUUGACCGCGUCUGCCAAAAGAGAAUUUUGUUUAUAAUUUGGGAUCUCUUUGUAUUUUUUAUGGAUUUUUUUACGAAUAAAAAAUUAUUCUGUCUGAAAAUGGUCAAGAUGUGCUGUACAUCAGACCCAUUAAAUUGCAUUGACGUCUUCAAUAA